CAGCACACGUCCGGAGUGCAGCAUCAUGCAGGAGAUUGAAGAGGAGCGCAGCCAGUGCUUGGCAGAGCUUAUUGGGGAUAACCAGACUUCAGGUUGCAGAAGGCAAUGGGACAACAUCACGUGCUGGCCUGAAGCAGAAGUGGGAGAAGUUGUGGUACGGCCGUGCCCAAAGUACUUCAGAUUCCUCACCACUUUUCUCGGGAAUGUGACCAGGAAUUGUACAAGCCAGGGCUGGACGGAUGUGUACCCUGCGCCGUAUACCGUAGCUUGUGGAUAUGAUUCCAACAGCACUCCAGGGGAAGAGCAAACGGCGUUCUAUGGCACAGUCAAGACUGGCUACACCAUUGGACAUACCUUAUCGCUUAUUGCUCUCACGGCUGCUAUGAUCAUUUUAUGUCUCUUCAGAAAACUACACUGUACUCGAAAUUAUAUCCAUAUGCACCUCUUCAUGUCCUUCAUAAUGAGAGCCAUCGCAGUCUUCAUAAAAGAUGUCAUCCUAUUUGAAAGCGGAGAAUCUGAACACUGCUUUGUGAGUUCAGUAGGCUGCAAAGCCAUGAUGGUUUUCUUCCAGUACUGCGUCAUGGCCAACUUCUUCUGGCUCCUGGUGGAGGGGUUGUAUCUUCACACCCUGUUGGUCAUCUCCUUCUUUUCAGAGAGGAAGUACUUUUGGUGGUACAUCUUGAUUGGCUGGGGUGCCCCGUCCGUGUUCAUCACUGCUUGGACUAUUGUCAGGAUUUACUUUUUCGAUGUUGGGUGCUGGGAGGAAAUAGUGGAAUCCUCAUUCUGGUGGAUCAUUAAAACUCCUAUUUUGGUGUCUAUUUUGGUGAACUUCAUUCUCUUCAUUUGCAUCAUCCGUAUCUUAGUCCAGAAGUUGCAUUCCCCAAACGUUGGACACAAUGAAACCAGCCAAUAUUCGAGGCUGGCCAAGUCCACCUUGCUGCUGAUCCCUCUCUUUGGCAUUCACUACAUCAUGUUUGCUUUCUUCCCUGACAAUUUCAAAGCAGAAGUUAAGCUGUUCUUUGAGCUUGUGGUUGGGUCAUUCCAGGGAUUUGUGGUGGCUGUUCUGUACUGUUUUCUCAAUGGGGAGGUCCAAGCUGAGCUCAAGCGAAAGUGGCGGAGGUGGCAUCUGGAGCGGUUCCUGGGCUCAGACAUGAAGUAUCACCACCCUUCCUUAGGCAGCAACGGCACCAACUUCAGCACCCAGAUCUCCAUGCUGACCAAGUGCUCACCAAAGACACGCCGGUGCUCUGGCUUCCAGGCUGAAUUCUCUCUGGUGUGAUGGGGAGAGGCUCUCUGAGCACUGAGCAUCCAGGAGAAAAACUGAGAGACAGAAGGAUCCCCAGGAAUCAGCGAUACGAUGACAAACCCUUGUGAAAUGACAUGCUCCGCAUGAGCCAGCAGAGGACACAAAACUGGAAAAGCCACUGGCAUCCAGAACAAGAUCAGACAAGCCAAGAGACAGAAAAUACUUUUCCUCUCCCUCUUUUCGGACCUUUCACUCUUAAGUUUCAAGCCUUCAGGGGUUGAUAACUAUGAGUAAGGGUCCCAGUUACUUGAGGAGAGCCUGGGAGAUCCUGAUGUGUCACAAAUAAUGAAGUACGGGGGGUAAGGGAGGGGAGAGCCUGAGUCCUUGGUGGCUUUACCAGAACCGGCAUCUCUGAAACAGAUAAAUUGCACUUUUUAAAAAAUGAGCCAAUAAAGGAGAGAGGGAGGCAAGAAGCAGGAAAAAAAACAAAUGCCAAACAUAUCAAUGUGCCAAAAGUCCCCUUGAUAAGAGGUGGUGAUAAGACACCGAAGACAGAAUCAGGGACACGGGGAGAAGGGACAGGAGGAACACGAGCAGGAAGGGGAGAGGCCAGCGCACGGCCCCUGCUUCUGCAUUUUACACACGUGAAGACGAAGCUGCAGCACCAGGAAAGGCCCUCGGAGAAUGCCCCAGUGCUGCAGUGUGUUCUGCUAAUUGCCCGCCAUCCUCGUUAGCCAAAGCUUUUCCAAGCACCCUUGGGUGCCCUCUGGAAAAGCAGGUCGCUGAGAAGGAACAGCGUGAAUGCCCUUCUCUGCACUAUGUUCAUGACACCGUGUUUUGUUUGGUUGUUUUCAAUGAACAGGAAACUCGAUUUGCAUGUAUAAAAACCAGGUACAGAUGCC